AACAUGGCUGGCGUGGCCGCGCGCUGGGGCCACGCCGAGUGUGUGUAGGGGGCUUUGGGGCGCUCCGGGUUUGUAGUUUUUAAAUUUCUGGCGGGGGAACUGGGGCGCAGAGUUUUUCUGGGUGGUGGGAGCCGAAGUGACGCCCUUCCGGGAACCGCGCAGCCGGGCUCCGCUGUAGCGGCACCCGAGGCUGAGGCGCCGGGCUGAGCCGGCGCACGUGUGAGCUCCCCGGAGGAAGCGGCGAGCGGCCGGGCAGAUGUUGCUGCAGCCGGGGCCGCACUAACCGGAGGGAGGUCUGGGACGCGCGGGUCUGUGUCCAGCCGGCGUCCGUCACUGACUUCUGUGUCGCGGCCCCUGCGCCUCUCCCUAGCGAUGCUGUGGAGCCGGAACUGCUCUGGAGUCGGCUGCAGCUUGUCAAGCCUCCCUUCGCCUCUGCUCCCGGAACGGCAGCGUCGCAGCUGCCGCUGAUCCACCUGGGGGAUGCCCGCGGGUCUCACGGAACCGGCCGGCGCCGCUCCUCCCGCCGGUGUGAGCACCUCCGGGACCGUGACCAUGGCCCCCGCUGGGACUCUCCCUGUGCGGGUGGAGAGCACUCCGGUGGCCUUGGGCGCCGUGACUAAGGCUCCUGUCAGUGUCUGUGUGGAGUCCACGGUGUCCCAGCCCCUGCGGCCCCCCGUGGGGACCCUGGUGACCAAAGUGGCUUCUGUCAGCGCUCUUCCUAAACUCAGCAGCGGUCCUCCGCUGCCUGCUCCUCAGAUAGUCGCUGUGAAAGCCCCCAACACCACAACAAUCCAGUUGCCUGCUAAUUUGCAGCUUCCUCCAGGUAUGUCGAUCACCUUUUCCAGCUUUUCCAGCCAAUUUCAGUCUGUGGCUGUGCCAACAGCCAGUGUUGUCACAGUUACUCCUGGAAAGCCCUUGAAUUCUGUAACUACCCUGAAGCCUUCAAAUUUGGGAGCAUCACCUGCCCUCUCAAAUGAUCCCAGUCUCAAAGCAGAGAACUCAGCAGCUGCUCAGGCAAAUCUUUCUCCGGCGAUGCUAGAAAAUGUGAAGAAGUGUAAGAACUUCCUUGCCAUGUUAAUAAAACUAGCGUGUAGUGGAUCACAGUCCCCAGAAAUGGGGCAGAAUGUGAAGAAACUGGUGGAACAACUUUUGGAUGCAAAAAUUGAAGCAGAAGAAUUUACUAGACAACUGUAUGUUGAACUCAAGUCUUCACCUCAGCCUCACCUAGUUCCUUUUCUUAAGAAAAGUGUGAUUGCCUUACGACAACUCAUGCCCAACUCCCAGAGCUUUAUUCAGCAGUGUGUUCAGCAGACCUGUAGUGAGGUUGUCAUUGCUACCUGUACCACAACAGCAGCCACUUCUCCCGUGGUGACAACAACAGUUUGCUCCAUCCAGCCUGAAAAACCCAUCAUUGUUUCUGGAACAACAACAGCCAGCACCGUGUCAGUGCCAGCUCUGAAUCCACUUGCUGGCCCAGGGGGAGCAAAACCAGGAGUUGUGACACUUCAUUCUCUGGGUCCCCCUGCUGCACCAGGAGGAACAGCAGCUGGAACGGUUUUGCUUCAGACUCCAAAACCACUGGUGACAUCUAUACAGAACACAGUCACAGCAGUCUCCCUCCCACCUGAGAAGCCAGCUGUCUCUGGGGCAGCAGUCACGCUGGCUCUCCCUGCGGUGACUUUCGGAGAACCUUCGGCAGCAGCUGUCUGUCUUCCGUCUGUGAAACCUGUCAUGACCUCUGCUGGGACCACAUCUGACAAGCCUGUCAUUGCUCCAGUCCAGAUAAAACUUGCACCACCAGGCCCCGUCCUUUCUCAGCCGGCUGGUAUUCCACAGGCAGUUAAAGUCAAACAACUAGUAGUCCAGCAGCCUUCAGGAGGUGUUGCAAAACAAGUGACCACACUUCCCCAUUCCUCAGCAUUGACCAUUCAGAAAUCUGGACAGAAGAAGAUGCCAGUGAGCACUGCAAUACCUGCCAGUCAGUUUCCUCCAGCUUCCAUUUUAAAGCAAAUUACCAUACCAGGAAAUAAAAUUCUGUCACUCCAAGCAUCUCCUAUUCAGAAAAAUAAAGUAAAAGAGAAUGGAAUAACAUCUUUCAGAGAUGAAGAUGACAUCAAUGAUGUGGCUUCCAUGGCAGGGGUCAACCUCAGUGAAGAAAAUGCUUGCAUCUUAGCAACAAACUCUGACUUGGUUGGCACACUUGUUCAGUCAUGUAAAGAUGAACCAUUUCUUUUCAUUGGAGCUCUACAAAAGAGAAUUUUAGACAUUGGUAAAAAGCAUGACAUUACAGAACUUAACUCUGAUGCUGUGAACUUGAUCUCCCAUGCAACACAGGAGCGAUUACGAGGCCUUCUAGAAAAACUGACUACAAUUGCUCAGCAUCGAAUGACAACAUACAAGGCAAGUGAAAAUUACAUCCUGUCUAGUGAUACCAGAUCACAGCUCAAAUUUCUUGAAAAGCUAGAUCAAUUGGAGAAGCAGAGAAAGGAUUUAGAAGAAAGAGAAAUGCUACUUAGGGUAGCCAAGAGUCGUUCCAAUAAAGAAGAUCCAGAACAGCUGAGAUUAAAGCAGAAAGCCAAAGAGUUACAACAGUUGGAGCUUGCGCAGAUACAGCAUAGAGAUGCUAACCUCACAGCUCUUGCAGCCAUUGGACCAAGAAAGAAGAGACCACUAGAAUCUGGGUCUGGAAGUGAGAAGUUUGGCUUAAAAGACAAUCUUCUUGCUUCUGGGACAUCCAGCCUGACAGCCACCAAACAGUUGCUUCGUCCAAGAAUCACAAGAAUCUGUCUCAGGGACUUGAUAUUCUGUAUGGAACAGGAAAGAGAGAUGAAGUAUUCUCGAGCUCUGUACCUUGCCCUUCUGAAGUGACCACUCCAGUCUCCAUCCAGAUCCUUGCUGUUUACUGCCAAAGAAGACAUAAAGAGCAUUGUUGCACUCUCCUGAAAUUUCAGUUUCUGGAAAAUAAUCACCAAUAGGGAAGAUCAUUGUUUACAGUUAUAAACUUUUAUUAAAUCUUACUUACACAUCCCACGGGGUUCUUAAUGACUAGAAUUCAACUUUGUCUUCUGGAAAUUGGUUAUGAAAUACAGUUCACACAGACAUAGGCUUCUGCCUACCUGUGGAUUUAAUUACAGUAAGUUAAGGCCCUGUUUGUUACCACCUGCUUCAUUUGCUGGACUGUAGGCGAGGUGUCUUUCCCUAACACAGCCUGCAUUACGAUGCAGGGGAAAGAAAGGAAGAGUCCCGACUUUCCAAGAUUAUAUUUCAUCCUCUGCUGAACUUGUCUCAAAGUGUUAGGUUUUCUAGGCUGGGAUCAGAAGUUGCUUAGCUAAUUGUGAUAGUCACCUUCUGUAGUUGCAGGUGACAAGCCACAGCAUCUGUAGUGACUUUGGUCAGCCGAGUCCCAGUGUUGUCAAAACGGAGACAGAUGGGGAUAGUUUGUGCCUGUCCCCACAAAGGUGGCUCCUCUCUGGGUCGUCACCAUAUGCUGCUUCUGAUACCAAGUGAGGGUACAUCCUUGUCAGGGAAACUUUAAAAUGGAAGCUGCUGAUAUACCUCACUGAAAAGUGGAAAAGGUGGGAAGUAUUGAAAAGAAUGAUGGGGCACUGCGUUCAAACUGAGGAGGGGAAAAGGAGAGUGGAACCUCAGAAUAGGAACCAUGCUGCACAUGCGUCCUCCGUUCCAGUGGUGGGAUUGGAACUCCAGAGCAACCGGUACACGUUUUGUUGACAGGACAAAAUCACAGCCCAACCAAAAAAGGAAAAUGUAUCAAACAUUUUCAAAUGUACAGUAUCUCAAAAGGAAGUCGUUAUUUUUUGUUUUGUGUAUUGUUUUAAAUCUCAAGAAGGAUAGUUUUCUAAAAUCCUUUUCAUUACCGCAAGUUUUAAGCAUCUUGUUGCAUUUAAAAAAUCCUAAUCGAUGAUUAGAAAUUUUUAACAAUAGGACUCCAUUUUGGAUUCUAUACUCAAAAGGUAAUGUCAGCAUUUCAUUGUUGGAGAUCUUGGCUCUAAAUGUAUUAUGAGGAGCAAUAUAUAUAUAUAUAUUUUUUUUUUUUUUGUUUUCCCCCCACCUGAGGAGGAAGCUGAUGUUUUGUAAAGCAAACCCUCUUUUCUUUCUUUUAAUUCCGCCUUUGUGGCAUGUAGUUGGUGAAAAAUAAUAGCUGUAUUUAGAAUCCCAUACAGAAAGAACAAGUAAAUCCUCCAAGAAGAUUUUUUAAAAAUGGGAAAGCUGUGCUUCUUAGAAAAAGAAUUCAGGGGGAAAAGAACACACCUCUGGUAUGUUACUCCUUAUCCUGUUCUUCCCAUGAGGACUGUUGUGGCCAUGUUCUAUACUGUAAUAAAUGUUAAAUUGGCCAUUUUUGUUUCAGCAAGUUAUGUAAAAUGCUAUAAAUUAUGUAUAUGUUAAAAGAGAAACUUUUCAGAAGAGAUCUAUACCUAAAGUUGUUUUUGUAUAUUUAAAUGCUUAGCUUUAUUUUUUUGUAAAGUGCAGCAUAUUCCCAUAUUUGUGUAUAAAUGUUUAAAAUUAUUUCAAAUACUUCAUUAAAAUAAUUAUUUUAUUAUACGAA